CAAACGAAAGACCCCAAAGCGCCAAGAUGGCGGCGCCGGUGAGCGAUGCCGGGGAGUUUAAAAGCUGGCUAAACGAUCGAUUGGAUUCGUUAGAAGUGGACCGUGAGGUGUACGGAGCUUACAUUUUGGGGAUUUUACAAGAAGAGGACAGCGACGAGGAGAAAAAAGAUGCGCUUCAAGGGAUUUUCUCCGCAUUCCUGGAAGAAGACACCAUGGAAGAUGUAUGCAUGCAGAUUAUUAACCAGUGGACAGAGUAUUCCAGACAAUCAUCAGGGAGACAAAAUACUGAUGAUGCUGAGGUCCAGGCCAUUGCCACCAUGAUAGAAAAGCAAGCCCAGAUUGUGGUGAAACAGAAGGAGGUAUCUGAGGAGUCAAAAAAGAGGAAGGAGGCUCUACUUGCUCAAUACGCAAACAUAACAGAUGAGGAGGAUGAAGCAGAAGAAGGGGAGCCAACCACUGGAAAUGACCUUACUCCAAGUGAUAAAUCCUUGUUCAAGAACACCAACGUGGAAGAAGUGUUCAACAGACAGAAGCAAAAGCGGGAGCAGGCUCGAGAAGACGCUCAGAAGAAGAAGGAAAUGGACAAGAUGCAGCGAGAGAAAGACAAACUGGCCAAACAAGACAGAAAAGAGAAGGAGAAGAAGCGUACACAGAAAGGUGAACGCAAAAGAUAAAACCAAAAGACACUUUUUGUUGUUCUGUUCUUUUUACCAAGAAAAAAUAUGAAACACUUUACCGUUUUGAGGCAUAACUUAAUUAUGUAAAGCCAGUGUUAAAUCCACCUUAAUGAACUUUUAAGUCUCUUGUAAGAAAUGAUACAAUUAAUGUUGGGCAAGACUAAGAUAAAUGCAUAUUGUUCCCACUGACACCGAUUUAAAUUGUGUCUAACUAAAGAUAGAUGGCAGUUGUGAUGGUUGAACUGGCGUCAUGUUUUAUGUCAUGUAACACAUGCUUUGGCAAAAUUUAAAAAAAAAUAUUAACUCAAACAAAAUGUACUUGUUUUCAAAACARCUCAAUUCAGUGUUUACCCUCACUCUUUACGCCGCUGUUUAACAACGCCAGAUAUUUUUGAAAGCUCACUAAAGCAAGUUAUGGUUUGUCCUGCUUUGUUUUCAUUUUCAGUUUGUUUCACAAAGAACAAAGAUUGCUAAAUAUUACCUCAAAUGUACAACGUAUCAUCACAUAAAUGUUUAAGGGUUACCUUUUUCAAAAUUAUUAAAAAAAAUUCAGACAUU